AUGCGCGACAGGGGAGGAGGGAGAUGGGCGCGGCAGCCUGGGGGAGGAGGGGCUCGAGGCGCGGUGGGCUCGUGCGGCCUCGUGCGGGGCGGCGUGCGGGGCGGCGUGCAUGGCGACGUGCGGGGCGGCGUGCAGGGCGGGAUAGCGGGCGGCGCGACGGAGGAGGGGGCGGGGUGCGGUCCAGGGCCGGCGCUCGCCGUGGACGGGGAGGCCGGCUUGGCCCUUGGUGAUUUGGCCGUGGACAUUGGGGAGGCGACGGGUGCGAUUGAUGGUGACCAAAGUUUCUUGGACACUGUUGGUUUUGGUUUCUCAGAAACACAACCUGAAAGUCCAAUUGGAGAGCAAGCAACCCAUCAACUCAGCAUCAAGCGGCACCAUCAACGCAGCGUUCUGCAAUAA